AUGAUCACCUCGCCUCGGAUAUCAUCGCCGUUCCCGGUCAUCUUGGUGGUCAUGAUUAUGAUCAUCACCGUGGUAAAUCUAUUUUUACUCAACUCCGAUUCUGAGGAUGUCAUCCCUGUAGGAGUUGGCGGGGAGACGUAUUUGACAGGCGGAAAGGGCAGAUUACAGACUGAAAUCGACCGUGUCGACCACAAGGACUACAUGCUGAAUCUUGUUGGAGAAGUGAAGAAAUCGAAGCAGAAGGAGCUUGUGGAACAGUUGAGAAUCGCGAUUGAAAAGGAGAACAAAGACAAGUUCCUCAUCACUUUGAGAAACGACAUCAGACACAAGUACACCGAGAAGAUGAAGGAAGAUCUCAAGAAGGAAAUUUCUGACCAAUAUACCAGAAAGUACUUCAAGGACAUGAAGUUGUCGUACGGCUUGUUUGAACAGUUGAGAGCAGAAUACUACCACGACUUCUACUCAAACAUCAAGCAGUUUGACUUCAUGAAGUUGUUCAGAGAAACUAACCUUCCGGAGGUCAAGUUGCCCAAGGAUUUCCCGGAUCGUUUCGAUGCUACGCUCGACAGAUUACUCAAUAAGCAGGAGUACCUCUCCAACAUUGUCAAUGAGUUUUUGAUAGAAAACAAGCCUUUGGCUGACGAGAUGUCCGAUAAUGAAAAGGGAAGACCACUUGAACCCAGAUUGAUCAACGUUGUUCCCGAGAAGCCUUUGUCCAAGAAGGAAUUGACCGACGGUCACGCCAAUUUGCCCAGCGAAAAGUACAACGCAUUGAAGAAGAGUCAUGAUGCCAUGGUCAGAUCCAUUAAGAACUUGGAAGAACCUCCAUAUGAGCUAGUGAAGGGUCAGGGAAUUGUCAUCUACGGUGGAGGUGACAGGAUCGGGUCUGCUCUUGUGAACAUCUUCCAGUUGAGAGACCAAGGCUCUGAUUUACCCAUUGAGUUAAUUCUUGACAAAGAAGAAGAGUACGACGAACAAGUGUGUGACGAGCUUUUAGCUAUCAAAUUCAAAACGAAGUGUAUAGUUAUGGAGUCCGCUUUUGGAAAGGAGUUGUAUGAGACGAUGGACUUGAAGGACUCUCAAAAGAGAGCUUUCAGUUUGCUUGUUUCAAGCUUCAACCACAUCAUUUCUAUUGAUGCGGACAACUUGGCCAUCAAAAAUGUCGACAACUUGAUUGCUUCUGAGCCAUACCUCAGUUCAAGUUUCGUCUUGUGGCCCCAAGCCUACCAACGUCAAACUUCACCUUUAUUCUACGAAAUUGCUCAGGUUGAACAGGGAGAAGUGUUGCGUAGAAAUGGGUUGAAGAACGAUAUCUCGUUUUCAGAUUACAUUCAAAAGAAUCCUGAUGAGGAAAUUACGUUCCAUGAUUUCUCUGGUUUACCAUCGGCCGUCGGUGCUGACAGCAGUCAGUUUGUAUUCUCCAAGCGUCGUCAUUUCAAGAGUUUCUUAUUAGCUCUCUACUACAACUAUUAUGGUCCUCAGUUCUACUAUCCGUUGAUUUACCAAGGAGCCCCAGACAUGGAUGACCGUGACACUUGGGCUGCUGCUUUGACUGUUAUGAACGAACCUUACUACAUUGCUGAACAAAAGAUCGGCUACAUUGGUACCCAAACAGAUUUGAAGGAUAAACCAGUGUACUUUCAAAAUGAUGUCCGUGACAAUGUCGACUUUCUCAAGUCGUGGAAGGCCUUUAUUAAGAAGGAAAAUGUCGAUACCCGUUUGAACCCUAAUCAAGAAAAUGAAUACACCACUUCCUUGAUACAGAAAUUCCACAACUACCAUCAAAAACUCAUUCCUGAAGACCAUGUCGACCAAGAAGGUAAUAUUGAGACUGUUCACAGACAGGAGAGUUUUCAAUUGCCCAAACCAAUGUUUGUUCAUGUAAAGUCUCCAAAAAUCAAUCCAUUCGAAAAUUUCAAAGACGAAAAUGCAUAUGUGAAUCGUUUAUUUGGAGCUUCAACCUCCAACUACAGAGACCUCGGACUUGUCGAUUGGGAGUUGAGAUUCCACACUAUUUCUAAGUGGUAUGCCUGUUACUCAAUUACUAGUGAAAAGUUUUGGCAAAGGUUGAAUUUAAACCAGAAGGAAGUUUGUGAAAAGGUCACUGGGUUCACUGAGUUGUUGAAAAAGGAUUCAAAGGAUAGCGAUGCUACCGUGCUUUCUUACAUCAAGAAAAUC